UUCAGGUUCCUUUGGCGCGUCGUCGAAUUCCCUUCACACCCAUUGCCCAUUGAUAGACUCGCGCCAGGCCAUGACUGUGCCACGCCCCUGAAGCGUAUCCUGCCUUGACCUCUGAACACAGCAGGACAACAUGGAGCACUAUGCUCCUCACCAUAGGGCUUCGUUUGAGGGUUACUACUCCAAGUUCGACCUACCAUCUGGCGCCCACAUAGCGCUCAUAAUCUGCAGCGUCCCUGAUGCGACAGAUCUCCCACCCCAUAUGGUGUCCUUUACGUACUAUUCGAAAUCAGGCUCCGCCAUAUACCACCGCGAGCAUUUUGUAUCCGAAAUACACCGUGUAACAAUUGAUACACGCUCGCAUGCAUUCGAAUUGCGAGUACCGGGAAUGGGAUCCAUGAGAUGUGAAGCGAAUUCUAAGACGACAUACGACCUGACAAGCAAUGAGUGGAAGCUAAGGGCAGAGACCGUCGGACGGUUACCAUGGGGUUUGCGAUCCGAAACACCAGAGGGAUGGAUGGUUCGGCUCCCGUUGCCACUGCACUGGCACGUACAUUCACUCUGUUCGCCCUGCAUCACUGAAGUCGAUAUACCCUCUUUCGAAAUCGCAGCCGAGGACCACUCAGGGAAAGCUGCUGUACACCAAGAGAAGAACUGGGCCGACAGUUUUCCCUCGGCGCAUAUGUGGGUGCAGGCGCACUCUCCCUCCACUGGUUCAACUAUAUGUCUCGCCGGAGGAGAAAUAUUAGGAACAACAGCAUACUUGCUUGGUUAUCGAUCUACGGGCGUCGACAUCAGUUUUCGCCCACCUCUAUCACUUGCGAUAUUUGGUUGGUCGCCAUUCAUGUCCGUAGAUGUAGACUGGGAAAACCGCGCGUUUUCCCUCUGUGUGAGUGGUCUUUGGAGGAAGAUUGAAGUCCGGGCAAAGGCGCCGAGAGACAAAGGGUGGUUUGGUAUCUCUGCUCCUUUCUCAGAGGGCUUCCGAAAGAACUUCUUGACCGAGAGCUUUCUGGCCAAUGUCGAUGUCCGUGUUUUCGAACGGAGCUGGUUGGGUCGUUGGAAAGAAGUGAAACAUGAGACAUUCCAGAACGGUAGCCUUGAGUUUGGAGGUGCCUAUUUUCCGCACAGAGGCGAAAAGGAGGAUUAACGCAUGCCACCUCGUCCCUGCUUCGUGAGGGACCGCAGACAUGCCUGUGAGAGACGGUUGACAACCUCGCAAGCGUCCCGGUGCAAGCACUCACGGCUGUGACGGAUAGCCUCUCACACAUCCACUUAAGAACAUUAUCGCCUUGACUUCAGGUUUCUUGAACGGCCAUUCGGGGACAACGCAUUGUACCAAUGCACCUAUUCAACAUCAACGGAGGCCCUGUCACGAUACAGGUUAACUCACCUCCUUU